AUGUUUGGGUGUGGUCUCCAAUUCCAAUUCCAAGCCAAGUCAAGUGGUCUCAAUUCCAAGCAAAGUCAAGGAGACCCAAUUUCAAGCGAAGUCAAAUGGUCUCUAUCUCAACUCAAGUCAACUAAGACUCAACUUCACAAGCUCAAGUUCUUCACUUGCGAUGUAGCUGUUGAAUGGCUUGGUGGCUUGGUGUGCCUCAUACUAUGUAGGAGUGCGUGCACAAUUCAAUUUGAAGGGCGCAACAAAUUCGAGUGCAAAAAGAAGACACCAACGGGCAGGGGUAGAGGUGGUUCAUCUGCUGCAGCUGCGAAAAAAGGCGGCCGAGGUUCAGGAGCUGGUGGAAAGAGAAAGAGAUGA